AUGGACGGCGUCGGCGACGACCACGCGCGCCGCCGCCGGCUCCUCCCACUGCCGACCCCGCGUGCCCCCGCCGUCGCCACCGACCCCUCCUCCUCCCUCCGCCGCCUCCCGCCGGUCCACCCCACCCCCGCCUCCCCCCGUUUCACCCCGGGUUUUGGCCAUUACCAGCCGCAGCCGGGCGGCGGCGGCGCCGGCGCCGGAGGGUCCAACCACGCGCGCUCGCUCUCGCAGCCCCAGUUCUUAUCCAUGGACUUCCUCUUCCGCCCUCACUACCCCGAUCUGGCUGCGCCGGCGCCGAUCGCUGUCACCCCGCCGCCGUCUGCGCCGCCACCCGGUUCCGAGAAGGGGCCGUCCGGGCUGCCUCCGCUCCGGGCGGGGCACCGGCGGUCGCAGAGCGACGUCCUCCUCGCCAUCUCCUCGCAGCCCAACCCGCAGAUGCCACCGCCGGCGCCGGUCACCGCGGAGGCCCUCGCGGCCGCCAACAACAGCACCCUCGACGGGAUCCUCGGCGCCUACAUGGGCCCCAAGGCGCCGGCCACCGUCGCCUCCUCCGCGCCCGGGGCCGCUCAGGAGCGGCGCGACAACCCGGACGGCCAGGUGCGCGCGUGGAGCCCCGCCGACAGCAGCGAGAACGAGGCCGACAGCGGGGACGGCGGCCUGCCCAGGCACGGCCGCAGCUUGUCAGCGGACAGCUUCGUGGGGAAGCUCCCCUUCGGAGCCAUGGGCCUGGAGCCGUCCACCAACCUGCCCCCGCCGUCUCCAGGCCCCGGUGCUGCUGCCGGCCUGGCACGCAGUGGAAGUGGCUCCAUUGGCGGCGCCGCUGCUCUCUUCGCCAAGGAGUUCGCGUGUAUGGGAUUCAGUGAGGCCGACAAGAAGAAGAUUAUGGAGAGUGAUCACCUUUCAAAGAUUGUCAUGACCGAUCCUAAGAAGGUCAAAAGGAUUCUGAACAAUCGGCUGUCUGCUGCCAAGUCAAAGGAGCGCAAGGCAAGGUACAUAGCAGAGCUUGAGCGCAAGGUUCAGGUGCUGCAGUCCGAGGCUACCACAUUAACUUCACAAGUCAAUAUGCUUCAGAGGGGUUAUUCUCUGCUUUCAACCCACAACAGUGAGAUGAAAAUCAGGCUGCAAGCUUUGCUGCAGCAAGCAGAGUUGAAAGAUGCUCUGAAUGAAGCACUAAAUUCUGAGGUCCAGCGCUUAAAACUUGUUGCUGGUGAGACCAGUGAUCCUGAAAUGCCAAACGCUUCAGAGCAACAAAUGAGCACCCGGAUGAUUCAGCUGCACCAGCUUCUGAAGAAGCCACCAAAGGAUCAGCAAGAUCAGCAACAGAAGUGGAGCUAGGGUGAAUUUCCAAAAGAGAUCUUCCAAGGGAAAUUUCACAUCACAGAUUCAAUUGGUAACACCAUAUGUGCUGGACAGUACUUUGCUUGGGUUCCAGAGCAACAAUCAUAGGAAAAUCCAUUCUUUUCUGUCAAAAUUAUUUUGUUCAUUGCCGUGUAAA